AUGUCUCAAUCAGAUGCUGAAAACUCAGAUACACCAAAGCAAAGAUUCGAGCUAGAGGUUGAAGACAAUGACACAAAAGCCGCCUUUAGUAAAGGAGACAAAGAUGCAAAAAAAGACAAGAAGCCACCCAUGGAAUCAUCCAUGCAGGGUGAAAGCAACAAUUUCCCACUUGAAAUUCAUUUUGACACAAGUUUUCUUCCAUCACUACCAGGCUCCAAAGUCAAGGGCCCUGACAUUGAUCCUAAAGAUGUUUACACAAGAGACAGACUCUUUGAAGCUGUUGUCAAUCAUGACACGGAGGACCUUGCUGCACUAAAAACCUAUUUGCACAAAUCCAUGAAACAUCUCACUAAUGCAGAAUUUAAAGAUCCUGACACGGGGAAGACAUGUUUAAUAAAGGCCAUGUGGAAUCUUCAGAAUGGAAUGAAUGAUACCAUUCCUAUAUUGCUGGAAGCUGAGGAGACACCUGGUAAAAUGGAAGAAUUAGUUAACGCAGCAUAUACUAAUGAAUAUUAUAAAGGGCAGACAGCACUCCACAUAGCUAUUGAGAAGAGAAGCUUCCAACUAGUCCAGCUGUUGAUGAAACACAAAGCUGAAGUCCAUGCCAAGGCGGAGGGCAUGUUUUUUCAGAGGAAGAAAAAAGGAGUCAGUUUUUACUUUGGUGAACUCCCUCUUUCUCUUGCUGCCUGCACUAACCAACCCAAUAUUGUUGAUUAUCUCUUAAACAAUCCAUAUCGUAAAGCUGAUCUAAAAGCCAGAGAUAGUCACGGGAACACGGUCCUGCACGCUCUGGUUUUAGUGGCUGAUAACACAGAGAAGAACACUAAGAUAAUCACUAAAAUGUAUGACGACAUUCUGAAGAGGUCAAUAACAAUUGAUCCAGAGAUGGACCUGGAAGGAAUUCACAACUGGGAAGGUCUAACACCACUGAAGCUAGCAGCCAAAACUGGUAAAAUUGAGUUGUUCAAGCACAUACUGCGGAGGGAGAUUACAGAGCAAGAUUAUAAACAUCUGUCUCGGAAGUUCACAGAAUGGACAUACGGUCCAGUGCACACCUCUCUGUAUGACAUGUCAUCUGUGGACUCAUAUGAAGCUGACUCUGUGCUGGAAACCAUUGUAUUCAACAGUAAUGCCAAUAAUCGGCAUGAAAUGGUAGUGCUGGAACCCAUCAACCAUUUAUUACAGGAAAAAUGGGAUUCUUAUGCUAGCAAGAUAUUUUAUGUGAAGUUUUUUCCUCUAUGUUUUGUACAUGAUCAUAUUCACAGUGACAGCGUAUCACAGGCCACUCGAAGGACAGCCUCCAUUUCCACUGAAAGGGACACCCAAAGACAAUAUUCGUGUACUUGGAGAAAUCAUCAUCAUGUUUGGUGGACUUUAUAUACUAAUAUGUGAGAUAAUAUAUUUUUGGAAGAGGCGUCCUUCUUUGCAAAUUUUAAUAAUGGAUGGCUAUUUUGAAAUUCUUUUCUUUUUCCAAGCCGUUAUUAUCCUGAGCAGUGGUAUUGCUUACCUGGCAGGAAGUGAAGUCUAUGUCGCCCUUAUGGUGUUUGCACUGGUUCUUGGCUGGGUGAAUAUGCUGUACUAUACCCGUGGAUUCCAACAGACAGGAAUUUACAGUGUCAUGAUUCAGAAGACCAUCCUGCGUGACAUGCUUCGCUUCCUCUUCGUCUACCUAGUCUUCCUCUUUGGUUUUUCAGCAGCUUUGGUAACACUUAUUGGAGAAGCCCCUCAGAAGGAUAAGAAUAGCACUGAUUCUGAACAAAAUGAAGCAGGAACCUCAUAUUCAGGGCUUUAUAGCGCUACCUUGGAGCUCUUCAAAUUUACUAUUGGCAUGGGAGACCUGGAGUUCAAUGAAAACCUGAAGUUCAAGCACUUUUUCAUGUUUCUGCUGAUCUUGUACGUGGUACUCACCUAUGUUCUUCUCCUGAACAUGCUCAUUGCUUUGAUGAGUGAAACUGUCAAUAAAGUCUCUAAUGAAAGCAAGAGCGUAUGGAAAUUACAGAGAGCAGCAACAAUCCUGGAUAUUGAGAGGUUCCUGCCUAAGCGUCUUAGGGAAAAGUUUAGGUCAGGCCGCUUGCUUACAGUGGGGUCAAAACCUGACGGAAAGCUAGAUAAAAGAUGGUGCUUUAGGGUGGAAGAAAUACAGUGGGAAUCAUUUGGAGAGAAUAUGUCCUGCAUUAAUGAGGAGGAGCCUGGAGACAAAGAAAAUGCACAUAAGCUUUAUAAACGACCCAAAGGAUGGAGUCAUUGGGUUUCCCGAGCUCAAGAAAAGGCAAGGGAAGAGGAGUUAGAGCCUCUAAAGUCCGUGUCCACAAGCCCAUCAAAUGAUGAAAAAGUCUGA